UAACUUUCCCUUUGACUUAGAUUAAUGUAUCUACUUUUUUAAAAUGUUAAUUUCCAUGCAUGUAUGAUAAGUUUGUCUAUGUAAAUUAAGCUCUUAAAAUGGAAUUUUUUUCAGUCAUUUUAAAUUACAAUAAGACCAACGAUUAUCUAAUUAAUUCUAAUUGUGACCCUCUAUUAACUAGUUCUUCAUUAACAGUUGAUGAAUUUGCUGAUGAAUUUUUUCCUAAAUUAGAAAACAGUGAUUUACCUUGUGACGAAAUUAACUAUCAAUCGUUGAAUGUAAUUGAAGAACCUUAUGAAUCCUUAUUAUCACAAUUAAAUCCAGUUGAUUUGUCACCUAAUCCAUAUAUUGCUGAUGAUCCAGUGUUGGAACAGCGAAUCACAAUUAACCGAGAAAAUGACCAACAAUAUAUUUGUUAUCCCAAUUCAAAUGGUUAUAAAUAUGAAGAAGACAAUGAUAAUGAUGACGACGAUGACUAUCCAAAUGAUCAGUUGAUUAUUGAUUGUCUUCUAGAGGAUUCUUGUGAUAUUGGUGAUCUAUGUGAUCUUGAUGAUGCUAAUAAGCCACAAAAGGAAGAUGAUGAUGAUCAAAUGGUAAACACCACAGGUAAUACAAGUGACAGUGGAUAUUUUCAUGAUGGUGAUGGAGGAAAGAGUGACUCUUUUGAGAUGAGAAUUGACCAAAUGGACAUCAAUGAUCAUCACGAAAUUGAUGAUAAACAAGACAUCCAGUUACAAUUAGCUGAUAAUAUCGGUAAUCAAGGUAUUGAUAAUAAUGAUUAUUUGAUUGGUUCCAAAUCGGGAGAGAAGGAAAAUGAAGCACCAAAUGUAUAUAAAGGUUACAAUUUAACUCAAUAUAUUCCUAACAAUCAAUUGGUUCCAAUUGAAUUUCCAACUGGUAUGGAUACAUUUAAACGCGAAUCAAAUCAAGAAAUAGCCAUUAACACACAAGAAUCACCAACGUUUAACCAUCAGCAAAACAAUAAUAUCAGUGUAACUGGACAUUUGACCUGUGCUUUGGUAGCAUAUCAAUCAAGCUUUACUCAUCUUCCAAAUGAACACUCAUCAAUAUCUUCACCAAUUGUAUCGUCCUCAUCGUCCUCAUCUUCAUCUUCAUCAAUGAUAACCUGUUGCCGUAAACAUGAAAAAUAUUAUAGAAAAUUAUUAAAUCGUAAAACUGAUCGGCCGAUUAGGGAGAGAAUGCUAGUAGUUCAAUAUCUGUACAUACCUUUGGACAAUCGGACCGGAAGCUAUUUGAAGCCUAAAUUUAGUCACAAUAUCCUUUGCGCUUUUGCAAUUCUUUGUGGAUCCGAUGAGGACAUGAUGAUCGAGGUAUCGGGAAUCUAUCGAUUCCUAUGUAAAUGUUUCCCAUACUUUGAAACAGCAGAGUUACAUUGGAAAAACUCAUUACGACAUAGCUUGACCACAAGCAGUUGGUUCAACAAGACUCAAGUUCACCGGACAGCGAUGAAAGGAUAUAAAUGGACAAUCAAUUGGGAGCAGAAGACAUGUUUAGCUUGGGAGAUUAGUAAACAGUGUGUUAAAGAUGUCACCAGUUUAUACCACUGCCUAUCAGGCCCAGGAGUUUGUGAGGAUCUAAUCAGAGUUGGACUUUUGGAUGUUGAUCAAGUUAAAUUAAAUCUAUUGCGAUCAUAUCGAGUUAAUUAAAUUGGAAUACAAUUAAAUUAAACAACAACAAUAACAACAAUUAAGAGACAAUCAAAACAAUAACAUCUCGAUACUUACAGCGACAUCUAUUGGUCGAUCUUGGCGAAUUUAAAUUAAUUUUUUUUCUUUUCCACAAUUUUUAUUAAUUAUCUUAAAUUUAAUCUAAUUUACGUUAAUAGUUUAACUACUUCUUUGUAAAUUAAGGUUGAUACUACAUUCUAAUCUGUUAAUUGUUGAACAUUA